AAAUUAAUGGUUAUAAUGUGUUUGCUUAAGCAAAGUUAACCUUAAUACGAUAUAUAAAAGCAACCAAAACUAUUAUGCACCAUAAUUCAUACAGAAACGACCAAAUUCAGAAUGAAUAAGUUUAUUAUUUUAAUGAUUGGUGUUGUCCUUUUAAUGGAUAUAACAUUAACAACCGGUGAUGACAAUUUACCGCGUAAAAAUUUUAACAACAAACCAGCAGUAUCGCAUUUUGCUGAUGCAAAUAUGCCUGGAAUGAAUAUGCCUGGAAUGAAUAUGCCGGGAAUGAAUGUUCCUGGCAUGAAUAUGCCUUCGAUGAAUAUUCCAAUACCUUCAAUACCUUCAAUGGCUGAGUUUAACGUGAGCUUUGGAAUGAAUGGAGGUCCUAAAAUGGCAAUUGGUGGGUAAAUGUCAAGUGACCACAAAGAAGUUGUUAUACGAGUCUUAUGAUCACGAAAAAACGUAAUUUACUAUGAACAAUUAAGAACAAUCUAAAAAGUAUUUAUUUAAACUAAAUACACAUGUAAAAGAGGAACAUUAAAAGGAUGUUGUUUUUAUUCUUUAA